UCGUGUUCAUUCUCGCAGUUUACUGUGUAAUCGAUUAUUGAUAUCAAAUAGCUACCUACUACUAAGUCUCCCAAUACAAUCCCUUUAUUCUUACACCUGGGCGAAACUCCCCUAAAGUAAACAAAGAAUUCAUAUCGCAAUCUUGGCAUUUAUGUUACCUUAUAUCAGCACAAGGUUAUUGAUACUUGUUGCCUGUAUAAAGCGACUCCUGAUCAAUGUACUACAACUCGCCCUACGACAAAGAAGAUAGAUGCGUUUGAACAGUCUAUCUUCUCGGUAGAUUCCACUUAUAAUAGAGCAUCAAAGGUAUCCCAUGAUUACCUCCAAAUAUUAGCGACGUACCUAUCGUAGAUAAGCAUGCAAAAUGACACCACAAACCGAGAGCGAGGUGAAAACGCUAGAGGCAAUAGCAGAUAGAUUCUUCCGAUUCACACUGUGGUCUCAGCCCGCGUAUCCCACAUCCCACGACGCGAAGUCCAUAACCCGUCUCGUCGAGAACCACUGUCUCGCGGUCCGCGAGCCAAAUUCGCCUAACGUUAUCCAAUUCACAGAGAGAUGUCGAUUAUUCCUCGGCCGCGAUGUGAAGACCGUCGAACUCGAGGCCGUCGUGACGGAGUGCUUUUCGCAUCUCGAUGCGCUGUUCUUCUUCGGACUCUUGAAUAGGCGGGUAAGUGUGUUUCACGGAGGGGGCACAAGAUCUCUUGUCAAGCUUCAUUUCUUUACUAAUGGAAACGAAGAUGUUGCUGGGCUUUUUGAUAAGUUUCGCGCCGCGAUUGGGAUUUCGCUGGUGGGUGGUUUGGGACUGGGCGAUCUUCUCGUUGUCCUUGUCCAUGAGAUGGUGCAUGCCUGGUUGGAAAUCUUCUCGGAUGCGACGUGUGCGGAACAUUAUUCGUGGGUGAAGAGGUAUCGGAGGCAUGGGGAGAUGUUUCAGCGGUUAUUCCGGUUCGUCGUGGAGCGUGUUGGGGCCUUGGUGCCGGGUGAUCUGUUGCAGAAUCGAAUCCUCGUGUGGUUGAAUAAAAUGGAUUGGCAGGUUAGGCAGAAUAGUAGUUGGUGGGAUUGUUUUGUAUCUGCUGUUAUUCCGUAGUUGGUUGGUAAGUUGGUGUAUUCUUUAUGCUGCUAAGAUUUAGGAAGAGGACAUAUGGGGGAUAGGUGAGUUAGUAAUGAGAAGUUUUGUACGAUCAAGUGGUCGUAUAAAAAAUUCAGAGCCUUGCCGCCGAUAGCGUUACUAGUAAGGGAUUGAACAAGAUACCUAGCCGAGUAAAUCUCAUGACAAUUAAAUGGUACAUCUCUGGCGCUUGGAUCCUGCGUUAUACCCAAGAUGCCAACCCGUUUUAUGUUUUACUGGUACUCAUUGAGAGAUGCGUGAU